AUGGCCAUUAUUGCGACGCCGACCAUUAUUGCGGCAAAUGUCCAAACGGAGAGGGGACUUGCUGCUUCGGCGACCGCGGAGGGGAGCACGGGCACUGUGAACGUCUCCUCCGCAGCCCCGGCUUCUGGGUCCAGCUACGCUUCAAGCUCUGGUGCCGUCGGUUCCAGUGCCUAUCCCCAUAUCUGGUACACCACCUUCACCUACUACCAGGUCGUCUACUUCCAAUCUCAAGGCGAAUCGACCACCAGCGUAGACUCGUCCACGAUCACAAAACAGACUCUGCUCUCCGUCUACGCCAGCCAGUCUGACGAAGCGGACUCGAUGUUCACAUCCAUGGAGAAAUCGGUGCAAGCUCAUGCCAGCGCAACGACGCUUGCCGGCGCAACAUCGGGGACGGCUGCUGCUGGUGCUUCAUCAUCGUCGUCGAUGGCUGCGUCUUCCUCGGGAGCGGCAGGUCCUUCGGGUCUUGCAAGACAUAUGUUCAGUCGGUCCGAUGUACCGAGCGCCUGCUUCUUGGUUCUUGGUGGGAUGGUUGGGUUGCUGGCGAUCGCGUUUGUAUGGCAUCCGUUAAGGGUUACCGAGCAUCGACAUGGAGCGUCUACUGUUCUGUUGCAUUUGCCUUCUGGACUACCCACGCUGAACGAGGAGCGGGAUGAGUCUAUCUGCAAUCACCUACGCGCAGGCUUAGAUCUUCCGACAGUAAGGAUCAAUUACCGUUCCGGCCGAAGUCACCAGUUCCCAACGCCUCUCCAUGACGUGCUGGCCGGUUACGACUGGGUUCUGGAAAAUCUGCUUCCUAAGCGAUCCAUCUCGCGACAUGGCCGCUCUGAGAGCAUAGGAAGGGUCGCUGUGCACGGCGAGCUAUUUGGAGGUGGGCUUGCGAUAGCGCUUGCUCUUACGGAGUGUCAUCUCGGUCAGCCAGGCGUGGUUGCUGCUGCAGUAAGCCACCCUAUCGUCGACUGGCUGGCCUUCGACGAAAAGCAACAAACGCCGAAGAGGGCCUCUACCAAUACGUAUGAUUCACUAGCGGUCGCAGAAGCCUCUACUUCGUCAUUCAAAGACUUGCGACUUCUCCGAGCCAAAAUCUUCGCGAAGCCCAGCCAUUACUUUGACCCAUUCGCCUCGCCAAUGCUCUUCUUUCGUUCUGCUGGGACAGAUGCACCAGCUGGUCAUUCAGGCAUGGCCCAAGAUGACCUUGACUACCUCAGUAUGUCGGAGCUGGAUGAGGCUAUCUUUGACGAGACUGCCACAGAUGCGAACGGCGAAGAGUUCUUCGGUACUUCCGAUGAGUCGAUUCCACCACCAGCAAGACGCAGAGCAUCGCGCAGGUUCCCAGGCAAGAAGAUGGGCCUACGCCUGCCCUCGUUCUACAUCGCCGCCACCGAAGAUACGCCACUCGCCAGCCAAGCUAAGGAACUGGCGCAUCACUUACGAGCCAGUUUUGUGCGACAAAGGAAGAACGCAGCCUCCAGAUCUUUUGGCUUCGGUCGAAAGGUGUUGGUGGAGGGCGAGUACGACCAGCUGACAGACGACGAGAGAACGGUUAUCGAGGCCGGCAUGGCGGACGCACGAGAGAAUGUCCGACUUGAUCUACACGAAGAACAUUGGCCCUCGGACAAAAGAAUGGACGAGAGCAAGACAAUUGAGAUGAUGAGAUGGCUGAAUGUUGUCCGUCGCUGA